AUGAUGAAGGUGCUAAUUGCUCUGUCGACCGUGCUGUGCGUCGUGCUGGCGAAGGACCAGCCACGAAAGGCUAUUGUGUACCUGCAAGGACAUUCAGGUGUCACCGGCAAUGUGACAAUCUCGCAACCUUCCUGCACCGAACCAGUGUUUAUCGAGAUCAACGUCGUCGGUCUCACGCCUGGCAAGCACGGGUUCCACAUCCACGAGAAGGGUGACCUGACGGACGGUUGCGCAAGCACCGGAGGUCAUUACAAUCCCGAUAAGGUCAGCCAUGGUGCCCCGAACGAUCAGGUGCGUCAUGUCGGUGAUCUCGGCAACAUUGCGGCCGACGAGAAUGGCAUCGCCAAGACGUCCUACUCGGACACGGUCGUGUCACUGUACGGUGCCCGCAGCGUUCUCGGCCGUGCGAUCGUCAUCCACGCCGAGGUGGAUGAUCUCGGCAAGACCAACCAUCCGGACUCGCUGAAAACUGGCAACGCUGGUGGACGCGUGGCCUGCGGUGUGAUUGGCAUUCUCGAGCCUUUUGAUGUGCCGGACCAGGAAUGUACCAGUGGUCAGCAGGGGCUUCUGCCGGCUAUCGUUACCAUAACAAUGUCACUGUUUGCGGUCCGACUGAUGGUUCUAUAA